GUGUCACUGGAUCAAGUGGAGUUCCUCGCUACUAACAGGUGCUCUUUGCCUGCAGUGCAUAAAAAGUGAUGGGAGCCCGGGGGAUGGUGCUGCUUAGGAGGACAGAGGCAGAGGCUACAGGAGUGGAUUGCAGGGCCAUGAAGUGUGUGGGUGGUGGCAUUGGGCAACCUGAAGACUGCAGUAGUGGUUUGCUCUCUGAUGCUGAAGAUCUUGAGAGUGCAAGUGACAGCUCUGAUAAAUCUUUUGGUGGAGGUGAUGAUGGAGGCUACAGUAGUCCAUCUGGGGACAACAGGGGCAAGAGGAAGAGGAAAAGCAGACUAUCUGGAGUCAGCAGACAGAGACAAGCUGCCAAUGCCCGGGAGAGAGACAGAACACACAGCGUGAACACAGCUUUCACUGCUCUCAGGACACUAAUCCCCACAGAGCCUGCAGACCGCAAACUGUCCAAAAUAGAAACCCUGAGGCUGGCUUCUAGUUACAUUUCACAUCUAGCAAACAUUCUGCUGCUGGGGGAGGACUGCAUGGAUGGACAGCCAUGUCUACAAUACAGAGCCUCUGUAGCCAGUGCAGCACCUAGACCCAUCUGUACCUUCUGCCUCAGCAAUCAGAGGAAGGUGCACAGGGAAGGGGAGAAGCACUUGUCUAUUUAAGGUGUAUGUGGCCAUUAACUCAGAUGAGCAGCUUGCACAAUACUUGCACUGAAUAUAGACCUGUUCUAAAUAUAUCCUCUUGACUCUCUUUUGUUUACAUUGGAGUUAUGUAAUGCAGUUUACACACUUUAUUUCUAAACAACAACAGCAGCAGAAAAAAACCCAUCAUGAUGUGCACUUUAUUUUAUACUGGAACAACUUUAUUUAAGUUACUUUGCAGCUGAAAUCUACUGUAACUCAGAAUGGAAAGUUGCACCUGGUGUCGUUGCUAUUUUUCCCCACAAGAAAUGCUAAACCCAAGCGUGAUACAGACGGUGGUUAAACCAACGACACAUGAUGAAACCUGAUCAUGGACACGCAAUGCUUCUAUCAGAGUGUGUUGUCAUAACACACUUUCACCUGUGCUUUUCACCACUAACUCCCCUGGCUUUCUAGUCUUAGAACUGAAUAACCGUAACUAUGUAUGGAAGGGAAUACUACUGGCCCUUUAAGGUCUCUAAAUUGCAUAGGAUUAAAGCUGGAACAUAAUGCACAUUUUACACUUGUAUUUUAUAGCAUACCUCCCAACAUGACCCUCUCCAGGAUGGACACAAUGCUCUGCUCCUGGACUUCCCUAUUAAUUUAUGAUUGCCAUCACCUGUGCUGAAACACCUUUCUUACCCAUUAACCUGUUCAGAUGAUGGCAAUCUUAAGUUAAGAGAAAAGUCCAGAAGCAGAGCAUUUUAUCUCUCCUGGAGAGGGUCAUGUUGGGAGGUAUGUUAUAGUAAAGACAGUAUCGAUUAAAAACUUUAUUAGAAUUACAUCUGUCAAUUAAUUUUAUACUGCCUAGUACAGUGGUUCUCAAACCGUACUGUUUGCCAUGGCACCCUGGGGUGACGUGGGACACUUUGCCUCAGGUUGGUGGUCCAGGACCAAUUCAAACUAUUUAUUAUCACUGUAACAGGCAAAACCAAUGCUGGUGGCUGCUAAACAUAAAAUAUGGGGACAAAGAAAAGCAAAUCUUGUCCUUCACCACAUAAUUGAACCUAAGGAUGACAUAUAACACAAUUUACUUAAUGUAAUAUGUUUUAUAAAUUUCUCAAUAAGAAACUUUUGGCCUAGGGGUGUUGUAAAAAACAUUCUAAUAAUCUAGGGCACCGUGAUUCAAAAAUGUUUGGGAACCACUGGCCUAGUAAAUGGGUAAAAACCAGAUGUCAUAUUGGUACAUUAUUGAUAUACCGGUAAAUAAACCCUACUUGGAAUACUAGUGCGGGAAAUGGUGGAGCUAGUUAAAAGAAAAAGUGAGCACCUAAAUACACAAUUUAAUUAAGAUGCAAGUUAUAAGGAAACCCUAUUAACAAUAAAAAACCCUCAAAGGUUAA